AUCAAAAUCUAUAUAUUUGCUCCAAAUUAUAAUAUUCUCAGUACAUAACAAUAUUUAAAAAAUAAAAACAAAUCUUUCAUCUCAUUCCUUACCUCGAUUAGGUGGUUCUCUUAUUAUCAUUUAAUAAAAGAAAACCAGACCCCUCAUCUCUCUGUUGUUUUCAACAAACCAAAACUCAAGGGAAGAAAAAAAAAUGCAGUAAAGAGCCAGCAAAAAAUUCUCCUCCAAAUUCCCAAAUACUCAUUUUGGUAAUUGUUUCUUUUUUUUUUUUCUUUUCAUGAUCAAUAAGCACCGUUUCGCUUCGAAUGAAGCCCAAGAACUAGCCAAAACGGUGUUGAUUUUUUCUCCCUAGUCUUGAAAGCUCUCUCCUUAAUCUUUACAACCAUCAUUUUCUUUUCUCUUCCGCUUCCAUUUCCCUUCCAUCACAAUGCCAAUCAUCUAAAUUUCUUUGUCAAACAACUCUCCUGAAAAUUAAAAACAAAAAAGUCUCUCUUGUUUUGUUCUUUCUUUUUUCACAAUAAUGCGUUCCAUUUUUCAUGCCACCGCCGUUUUACUUCUUCAUUUCUUCCUUACGGCGACGUUUUGUCUUGGGAUUCGGACCAUCGGUGGAGGAGAUGGGUCGGGAUUCGGGUUUUCGGAGGCACCGGAUUACCGUAACGGAGUUGGAUGUCCGGUUUCUGUCAAUAAAGAACUGGUGUCCUCCUGCGACCCGUCUUUAGUCCACGUGGCGAUGACUUUAGACUCCGAAUACUUGCGUGGCUCGAUCGCUGCCGUCCACUCCGUCCUCCGCCACGCGUCAUGUCCAGAAAACAUCUUCUUACACUUCAUAGCCGCCGAGUUCGACCCGGCCAGUCCAAGAGUCUUGAGCAAACUCGUCCGAUCCACGUUCCCUUCACUCAACUUCAAAAUCUACAUCUUCCGGGAGGACACCGUAAUCAACUUAAUCUCUUCUUCAAUCCGGCAAGCCCUGGAGAAUCCACUCAACUACGCUCGAAACUACCUCGGAGACAUCUUAGAUCUCUGCGUUGACCGAGUCAUUUAUCUCGACUCAGACCUGGUCGUCGUCGACGACAUUUCCAAACUCUGGAACACAACCCUGACAAAAUCACGUGUCAUUGGCGCACCCGAAUAUUGCCAUGCCAACUUCACCAAGUAUUUUACGGACUGGUUUUGGUCCGACCCGGUUAUUUCCCGGGUCUUCCAGUCUAGAACGCCGUGUUAUUUCAACACGGGAGUCAUGGUAAUGGAUUUGGGUCGUUGGAGAGAAGGGAAUUAUAGGAGAAGAAUUGAGAAUUGGAUGGAAAUACAGAGGAAACGAAGGAUUUACGAGUUAGGUUCGUUGCCACCUUUUUUACUCGUAUUUGCCGGAAAUGUGGAAGCGAUUGAUCAUAGAUGGAACCAACACGGGCUUGGUGGGGACAAUGUAAGAGGUUCUUGUCGAUCUUUGCAUCCUGGUCCUGUUAGUUUGUUGCAUUGGAGUGGGAAAGGGAAGCCCUGGGUUCGACUCGAUGCCAGAAAGCCUUGUCCGAUUGAUUAUCUUUGGGAACCGUACGAUCUUUACAAGGGCAGUUUAGUCAAACAUCAGUCUUCUUCUUCUUCUUUUUCUUCUUCAAUAUUCCUGGGGUUUUCCAGCUAUUUGUUAUGAUUCUUUUUUUUUUUCUUCUUUCUUUCACAUUGUCACAGAAAUGAUGAUUCUUUAUAGAGCUCAGGUGUGUACAGAUUUUUUUUUUUUUGGGGUUAUUUCUUGGAAUUAAGUUUUGUGAUUUACAUAUGGAGGUUUCAAUUCCUUUCAUCAGAGGGGGGGUUCCAUAUUUUGGAACAAUUUUGGUGGGUUGAUUUCUUUGUAUGUAAUUGAAGAAUAUUGUUGAGAGAGGAAUAACAUUCUUAGUUGUUCAUUGUUUCUUUAAUUCAUCUUCCAUUUCCCAUUUUCUCCUCUUUCUCUACUUGCACCUUUUUUCCCUUAAAUUUUCAUUGUAGGUAUCUGAAUCUGGAUUGAUGUAUGGUGCUUUACUUUUCUGCUUUUUCUGACCUUUAAAAAUAUUGAAUUAUGGUUGCCACGUAUCAAACUAUGAUUGGUUUCGUUUCAUCAUUUCAUGUAUUUAACAAUGAUUCUAAGCCAAGAUAAUAAGGCAAAGCUGAGAAGAUCCAAAAACAAAUCAAAAUUUUCAUGCUUUUGUGAAAUGUCUCUAUAUCAGCUGUCCACGGGACCUUGUUGGGGUCCAAAAGAGCUCAAACGCGCACUCUUCUGGAACAACCCCUCUGACCCAAUCAAAGCUAGUAUUUCUUUUCUGCUGCUACUUUUUUUUUUUCCAAGAAAUUUACAUGUGGAUGAUUUUGUUUUAAAGUCUGUUUUCUAGUACUUUAAGUUCUAGUACUUUAAGUUGCCAUGUCAACGAUUCAAGGUCUAAGAGAAGCUGUUGAGAAGAGUGCCAAACGAGUUUCUCCACUCGUUCAUUUCAGCCACCAUCACAUUCAACCUAUGACAAUUGGGAUCCUUGAGAAAUUUCGACUUUGGAAAUGCUUUGGCCUUUGGCGUUGAUAGAAACAUUUCCCAAUGAGCCUAACAUGCUUGUGAUUAUGUUCAUUGAUUAAUUUCCAUUUGUCAAUUGCCGUAUUGUCGCAUGCCCUACAGUUCACACUCCAUUUUCACAUGGAAAUC